AUGCAACUUCUAGUAUUUCCAUUCCUAGCAAUAUCGCUCCUGGGGGUAGAAGCGUACAACGCGCUCCCACCACUCGUGGCGAUACUCUACAGGAACCUUUAAACCCUUCCCCCGUUAGUCACCAACGAUAUACCUGCAGGCAUCCGCCACGGAAUCCCGUGACAAGGACGGACUAAGAUCAAUCCCGCCACCGACGUGGGAAUUUGCAGAAACCUGCGCGGGGGAUUUGGAAGACACGUUUCAUGUGCACAUUGGGGUGGAGCGUGUUCUUUGAGCAUUGACGGGUUGGGCGCGAUCCUAGGGUUUAUUUAGGAAUUGAUGAGGAGCCAGGGAAGUAUACGUACGAGAACGGGGUUGAGCCCCCGGAGAGGUAUAAUAUCGAUGUGGCGGAGGAUUUGGUGAGGAUAUCGGGCGGUAGGGAGAGGGGUAUUUGGCAGGCUACCAGGACACUUAGACAGAGAUUGAUCCUGGCACGAAAGGUUGCCGGUGUUAGCCAAGGCGAUUGGAGAGACGAGAUUAUCGAGUUGAAGGCGGGACGGGUGGUGGAUUCACCGGUGCACCCGACUAGAGCCUUCUUACUGGACGCAAGGAGGAAAUGGUAUUCCGCCGGUGUGCGUUCUCCCUGCUCGCUUUAUUUUUUUGUGCUCCCUGGGGUAUCCCACACACCUCCCCAGUCUAACCAAUUAAACCAAAACAGUUCCUGAAAGACCUCUGCAACUAUGUUUCCUUUUCCAAAUUAUCCGAAUUUCGCUACCACACUUCAGACAACUACCCGUUGAACCGCGGCUGCAACAACACAUCGCAAAACAUCUAUUCCAAGUUCUCGCAGCUCCCGAAUAACCCCGUGCUUCAUCCGCUAGUCCCUAGACACAACGAACCCCACAACAGGGUAGAGGUUGAAUCGAUAGAAAAGCUCUGCGCUUCCCAAGGAAUCACCAUAACUCCAGAAAUAAAGCUCCCGGGCAUGCAUUGGCAAUAACGAAGUGGAAGCUAGGACUAGCGCUGACGAACAAGAAAGACUUAUUGAACCUGACGCAUCCAGACACCAUCCCCAGCUUGAGGGCUAUCCGGAGCGAGUUCCUGUCUUGGUUUCAAACGAGGGAGGUGCGCAUUGGCGCGGACGAGUAUGACUCUGACUUGGCUGAUGGGUACAUCCACCUAGUGAGUACCAUGUCCGUGUUCAUCUCUGCCACCGCUGAGAAGAAUGCGUGUAUAUAGAGUACCCAUGAAUCGAGCAAUAUCUCGGUGAUUUCCAAGACGGUAAUUACGUAGCCCUGGCAAUACGGGAAGUCAGACCCCGCGCGGUUGGAGAAGGGCGGCUGCGAGAUUAUCAAUUCGGAGGAUUGGUGGGCAUACGGGCUGGGGAACGGCCAUACUCCAAUCCUGCCAGAGCCGUAUAUCCAGUGCUUUAGCAACGCGCGUAUGCUAAACUUUAGUGAUGUCAAUGGCUGGCAGCGGGAGUCCAGUCUGUAUAAUCAUUUUAACACGACGGCGGAGUGGCAGGUUCCGGUCGAGAGUAGGAGAAACAAAGGUGACAUAAUGGCUACGUGGAAUGACAACGGCCCAGACACUACGACGCAGCUGGAGGCGUAUUAUCGCAUUCAAGAUGGUAUUCCCGCCGUCGAGGCGAGGAGCUGGAGCGGACGUCGCGGCCCCGAAAUUAGCGUUGGAAGACUAGAAAUUUCGGAAUCCACUUCAACCAAUAACACCCCAAACUAGAACCUUCAUAGGAGAUUAGGUAAGGGUUACGAUCGCGGGAACCUACUAUUCGACUGGCCAACCGCCCCCGCCGUCCGUUUGGCAGCUAAAUCCAAGGGGAUGAAGUACGGCACAUCAUGAAAAAUUGGCUACACCUCCCCGUCCACCCUCUGCUUGGCCCACAAUGCCGUCCCGCUAGCGCUAACCCCCCAACUUCACCCUUUCCUUCGCCACCGAUGGCUUCGAGUACCUCCUCCGCAGUAUCACAGAAAGCGCUUUCGACAUCGGUCACCCGGGCCGCAGCUGGCUCAACAAUACCACAUCCACGUACACACCUGCGACCCCCCUACCCGCUGCCACCAUAACCGUACAGACGAACAGGAUUGGUGGGAGCAGGGUGUGGCAGAACGGCGCGUUCCUGGGCCGCUUCAAGGUAUUCAUCUUUAGCGGUCGGAAUAUGAUGUUCUCGUGGAGUCAGCCGGCGUUCGUUGCGCCAGUAGAGCAUAUCCGUGGCGGGGUACGCGAGGUAGAAAUUCAGGAGGGG